AUGGGCCUGGGCUGGCUCCCCAGGGCCAUCCCAGGAGUGGUGGACACCCCAGGAACCCUCCUAGGUGCCGCUGACGCCCCCAGGGUGCCCCCAGUGGGCGACGGUGCCCCGAGGGGCCCACUGCAACAUCAGCGUCCUCCGGGGCGCAUUCUCGGGAACAAUGGGACCCCAGUGACCCUGACUGGGCAACAGAUCGGGGAGGACCAGCUUGGGGCAGCGCAGCUACGAGUUCAUCCCAGAGACGGGAAACAGAGCCUCAGGGACCAUCACAGAGACCCUCCCAGGGAAGGCGGCACCUCAAGGACACUCCCAGAGGCAUCCACACCGCAGAGACCUUUCGGGGACGUUGGUGCCCCAGAGACCUUCUUAAGUCCGACCGGGCCCCUAUGGAACCCCAGAUGCGACGGGCCCCAGGGGCCCUCGCAGCAUCAGCGGCAUCCUGGGCAUUCUCAGGAGCAAUGGGACCCCAGUGACCUGACUGGAGCAGCCCGGAUCCCGGAGGACCAACCCAGGAGCAGCGCAGCCCCGAGGACCAUCAGAGGCGAGGUCAGGGGCGGUGGCGGCACCAGGAACUCUCCAUGGUCGGUGGCGCGCCCAGGAGGUCCUCAGGGGCAGCAUUGGUGCAUCUGGGGUCCCUCUCAUUGGAAGAGGAGUGCUCAGGGAUCAUUCCAGGAAACAAGAGCCUCAGGGACCAUCACAGAAACCCUCCAGAGGCGGCACCCCUCAAAAGGACACUCCCAGAGGGCAUCCACCACCAGAGAUUUAACUCACGGGGCGUUAGUGCCCCAGAACCUUCUUAGAGGUCGGCGGGGCCCUAUGGCAUGCUUGGUGGUGGACACCCCAGGAACCCUCCUAGGUGCGUGUGGCGCCCCAGGGUGCCCCCCAGUAGCGACCGGGCCCCAGGGGCCCUCGCAACAUCAGCGGCAUCCUCGGGCAUUCUCAGGGCAAUGGGACCCCAGUGACCCUGACUGGAGCAUGAGGAUCGGAGGACCAACUUGGGGCAGCGCAGCCCCAGGGGACCAUCGAGGCGGGUCAGGGCAGUGGCUCACCAGGAACUCUUCCCCGCUCUGGUCAAGGUGGCGGAGGAGUCCCUCCCAGGGGCGGUGGUGCACCUGGGGCCCCUCUCAUUGGAAAAGAGGAGUGCUCGGGGACCAUUCAGGGAAACAGAGGCCUCAGGGACCAUCACAGAGACCCUCCCAGGGAAGCGGCACCUCAAAGGACACUCCCAGGGGGCAUCCACACCACAGAGACCUUUCCGGGGGCGUUAGUACCCUAGACCUUCUUAGAGGUCGAAGGCGGGGGCCCUAUGGCAUGCUUGUUUGUGCCCCAGUGGCGGCUGGGCCCCAGGGGCCCUCGCAGCAUCAGCGGCAUCCUCAGGCGCAUUCUCAGGAACAAUGGGACCCCAGUGACCUGACUGGAGCAGCGGUUCCCGGAGGGACAGCCCAGGGGGCAGCGCGGCCCCAGGGAGGACCAUCGGAGAGGAAGCGAGCCUCCAGGGACCAUCCCAGAGACCCUCCCAGGGAAGGCGGCACCUCAGGGACACUGCAGGGGCAUCCCACACCCCCAGAGCCCAUUCCGGGGACGUUAGUGCCCCCAGAGACCUUCUUAGAGCUGAUCCGCGGGGACAACCCAGAACGCGCAGCCCCCCAGGAACCAUCCAGAGCGGUUCAAGAAGCGGUGGCGCGCAGGAACUCGCAGAAGAAGGGUGGGUGGGCGCCCGAGGAGUCCCCUCCAGAGGCGGUGGUGCACCUGGGGUCCUCUCAUUGGAAGAGUAGUGCUCAGGGACCAUUCCAGGUGAAACAGAGCCUCAGGGACCAUCACAGAGACCCUCCCAGGGGAAAGCGGCACCUCAAGGACACUCCCAGGGGCAUCAUACCCACCAGAGACCUUUCGGGGGCGUUAGUGCCCCAGAGACCUUUUAGAGGCCUAAAACUCCCAGGGGCCCAGCCCAGAAUUGGUGGGCACCCCAGGAACCCUCUAGGUGCUGCGGCCCCAGGGUGCCCCGAGUGGCGACCGGGCCCCAGGGGCCCUCGCAACAUCAGCGGCAUCCUCAGGCGCAUUCUCAGGAGCAUUGGGACCCCAGUGACCCUGACUGGGCAACUGAUCCGCGGGGACCAACCCAGGGCAGCGCAGCCCAGGGACCAUCCAGGGGCGGUUUAA